ACUGUACAAAAUGGUAUAUUACCAUCAUUAGUUUUCUCAAAAUAAUCAAAUCGUUUUAAGAAACCGCAGCCAAAUCAGUUUACUUUUCUGAUUUAAAAUGAGAGGCUGAAAACUGUUCAGUACAACACUUUAACGACAAAAAAAUGUGGUUAUUUUUAAACAUUAAAAGUUACCUAUUUUUGCUUUUGGCUUUUCUGGCCGGAAAAUCAGAGCAAACGGGCUCAAAUCCGUCGUGUAAUGUGACUGGAUCACCUCACAUAGAAAGUAUAUCAAUUCAACUCGAUCCAUUGGGAGGCGAUCAGGUUAGUUUGAUCAUCAACUGGAACUCAUCUUCAACAGAUUCAAGUGGCUCUUUGCUUGGCACGGAUUCAAACGUCAUUGGUUACAUUAAUACAACUAAUUCUACUUUCGAGAGAACGGGAAAUCUGAGUGACACGUAUAUUCUUCAAAUAACUGAAAAUGGUGCUCUAUUGGAUAACUGCUCAAUCCUUCUGGAAAAUCCAUACAACUUGAGUUGUUCUGUGGUCAACUCGUCAAAAUUCAAUCUGGACUUGCCACCCACUAGCUUUGAUUUGAACAACCACCGCUUCACGGAUUUGAUUGGUCGAUCACCUCCUGAUGGUUCUUCAAAUGCGACUCAGACAGACGUGAUUGCCUUCGACGGUUUGUCAGCAGGUUAUCAAUUUGUGGUAAAUUUGAAUGUGACUGAUAAUUCGACCGGAGUACAGUAUGUUAUAUAUCACACUGACAACCAAUGUUCGACCACGCCUGCAGAUUGUAAUGUCACUUCAAAUGAAGACCUCGACUCGGUUAUCGUUACAAGAGAAUCUAAAUCCAGUGAAGUUCACAAUAUCAGAAUGCAAAUGGUUUCUGUUGUGUCUCAAUGUUGCCAGUACGCCAAUGAAACUGUUAACAGUAGUUAUUCACUGGAAGCUCGAAGCACAAACGAGUUUUACACAGACGCAGAUAUUUUUUUUCAAUGCGAAGCCAGAAAUGGCAUUUUGGGUUUGAACAACAAUGCAACUUGCGCGUCGAAUGAAACAUCUCUCGUAAUAGAGCCAAAACCUGAAUCAGGAAUGACUACAAUUUUUGCCAAUAUUUCGAAAGACGGAGAGAAUACUGGACUGCAAAGCCAAACAGGAGCAUCCUCGUUUCAGUUUCUUGACCUUGAGCCGGAAACUUCAUACGAAGUUGCACUCCACAUGACUUCCAACACCACAGGAAUUAAUCAUAUUCUUCUGGUUCAAUGCAACACUACUGCAGUCAUCGCUCCUGCGAAUCUCAACUUUACUGAAAUAACAAAGACUUCCUUCACAGUCACUUGGGAUUACAGCGCAGGAGACGCGGACACUUUUGUGCUAACAUGUAUCACUAAUGGAUGUGGGUUAAACUACAAUGUUUCCGCUAAUAGUACAAGUUACUCUUUUGAGAACCUUAAACCAAACACUACGUAUGAGUUCGAGUUGAAGGCUGUCAUUGGUAGCUACGUGUCAAACUCAAUAACUAACAAUGUAACAACGGAUUCAGUUCCCGUACCUGAAAACUUCAGAGUAUCAACAAAAACCGAGUCUUCAGUCACUCUUGUUUGGAAUAACUUAGAUAAUGAAAUCACCACAUUUGAAAUCUCUUGUCUCCAAUCUAGUGUUUCCAACUGUCCUCUUAGUAUAACCAGAAACGUCUCACAAACGAAUGAACAGAUCAACCAUCUCACUCCAGGUGCACAGUAUACUUUCCAAAUAAGAGCCAUCUUCCUCACAUUUUAUUCCGUUUACUCUGAGAAUGUCACAUUCAGAACGUACGAUGUUCCUGCAGAUCUAACAGUUACCCCGAAUGAGCUUGGAAACUCGUAUUAUAUCAACUGGACUUACUCCAACAAUGGAGGCGGAGACCUCACUCGGUUUGAACUGUCAUGUCAACCAGAUUGUGGAACUGAAUCUAUUGACGAAUCGAAUAGGACCUACACUUGGAACGACCUCAGUCGAGGAACGACCUACACUUUCAGCUUGAGUGCGGUCUAUGGCAAUUAUAACACAACGGCUAUAACUGAAACUGGCACUGCUUCACCCCUUUCUGUGCCUUAUAACGUUCGCCUUUGGUCCGAUGGAAACAAUAGUAAAAAUUCAUCAAGUGUGAGUUUAAAAUGGGAUUCCUCUGUCAAAAACAGCGACGGUGUCCAGUUUCGAGUUUCUUGCACAGGUGACACAAGCUGUGCAUCAGUGAAUGUAACAGGCAUUCAGUACACAUACAACGGCUUAACUCCUGGUCAAUUAUAUGAGUUUCGCGUGCAAACCCUUUUUCAAAAUGAUUUCUCAGAACUAUCUGAAGCCUUCUCAGUUAGAACAAAACUGAGUGAUCCUGACUUAAGCCAAAUUUUUUACAACACAUCAAAUAUUCUCACUCUUCCGGCUUUUUACUCCUGCGCAGAUGGUCAGCCAACUCAAAUACUAUCGAACAUCGAAGCAGAAUGGGGAUUACUUGGCGAAACUGAUUGCACUUACGACCAUUUGAAAGAAUUCACUUUUUCACAGAGCCCAUGUGAAGAGCAAACUUUCUAUUUGGAUCCUAUUUCAGACCAGGCUACUGCCGGAAAUCAAAUCAGUUUCGGUCAUCAAAUUUGCUUAAAAUUGAAACUAGUAUCAAAUAAUGGGGGUUUUGAAGAAUCCUCAGAGGCGUUUAACAAUAUAUCACUCUAUCCCGACAUUGUGGUGCACAUAUCUUGUCAAUCAUCCACUACAAGCAGUCUCACUUUUUCAUGGAACAAAGGAUCAGGGGUUUUAGACAGUUACAUAGCAAGCUUAGACAAUGGCCCUGAAGUUUCUAAUCAACUUCGGACAACUAAGACGUACAGUAAUUUGAUUCAUGGAACAAAAUACACCAUAAAUGUUAAGUCUAUUUCGAAUAAUCUCAGCAGUGAAUCGGUGACCAAAAUGUGUCGCACCAAAAUUGAAGUCCCCGAUUUUUCAGUUGAAGUUACAGCGGAUUUCAAAGUGAGAAUCACAACAAACAUUGAACGGUUCAGUGAUGAUAUGCAAAUGACGCUGUAUCUGAUUGACAGACAGGAUUCUUGUGAAGAUUACACGGAAUUGAUAGAAGCGAAAAGUUUUUCAGCUCCGUUAACUGAUAAAACAUACAUCUUUGAAGCUGCAGUUGAGCCUGGAAGAGUGUACUGUACUAAAGUAUUGCUAAAUACGUCUGACCCCGAUGAGCAGAAUUCUAAUUUUAAAGAGAUUAACACUCCACUUAGUCUGCAAAUUAACAGUGUUGGUUCCACCUCAAUUGCUGCUAACAUUGGAGAUCCACCGAAUUUCAAUUUUUUGGCUUUGGUUUACAGCGUCGCGUACUUUGAAGUACAAGAUAACUCGGAGCAACUUAUUGUUAAUUCAUCAGCUAACUUUGGCGUGCUGAAUUUAACUGACUUGAAACCUGGAGCAAGAUCCCAAAUAACAGUAACUUUGACUACAAUCACAGAAUUACAAGUGUCAGUUGAAAGCGAGAUAUUUCACACAAUACCAGCUUUGCCGACUGUAGAAAAUGCAGAGAGCCAAUCAGAUAGAUGUUCAUUCACACUUCGAGCUGACCAAAUUGUGACCAGCUUCAAGGUAGAUUUCAAUGAUCUACCUGCGAUACAAGAGAGUCCAGAUCACGGUAGAACUGGUAGUGCAACGUUUACUUUUACUGAUUUACAACCGCAUCACAACUAUUCGUUUUUGCUAUCAUCAAUCAGCAGCUAUGGUGGUUUAAGUUCUAAAGAGAGUUCCGUAAUAACACACAGGUGCGAAACAAAGCAUGCGCCACCAGAUGUUGUGACGAACCCAUUCAUUGAGCGAAAUCUGACAAACGGUUUUUUCCGUGUGACUUGGCGCCCGCCAGUUGUGACAAAUGGCCCUCUCCGGGGAUACAUCAUAACUGUUAACUGGAGCAGAGCUGAUUCUGGAUCGCGUCUGGAUAACACUCAAACAAAGAUGUUCUCAGUGGGGACUGAUGUCUCUGAGGUUUCUGUUUUCGUCCCCGAAGGAUAUCAAAUUGAUGUUGAAUAUUACGCUUAUAACGACGUGCCGGGUCUGAAAACAUGGCAAAGGGACAACCGACCAAUUAAAAGUGAGCCGGAAAUAAACACCGAAUACAAAAAUACCGAAGAUCUCAACUUUUUAUCUUCACGUAAUAAAACUUCGUUGACGCUGAAGUUCCCAUGUGACCUUUUUCAAUCUCCACCGAAUAAUCUCAGCCAACCAGACAACGCCGUGAACCCAGUCGAGUUUUUCAAAAUUGCGGCCACAGAAAACGGAGUCGGACCUUACAUUGCGAGUGAUCAAUUUUACCCCACCGAUGAGUGCCCUAAAGUUCCGAGAAUGGGACGCGAGCCAAGAAGUGCAGAGCAAGCUACGUGGGAGUUCACUUUGGGAUCUAACGAAGGUUGUAAUGACAAUUCGACUUUCUACUGUAACAAAGAGUUGCAAUCCGGAACGAUGUAUGAAAUCUUUCUCAGAGCCUACGCAGAUGAGGAUACUUUCAAAAUAUUCGAAGCUGGCUCAUACAAGACGGCCGAUGGAAACGGUUUGACAGCGGGAGCAAUUGUGGGCAUACUGAUUGCUUUGCUGCUUCUUCUGCUGAUUGUCCUUCUAGUCACAUUCUUCAUAUGGAGGAACGUUAACAAAAAGAAAGACGACACACAUGAUCCCAGUCUUGAUCCCUUCUCUGUACCUAACCCUACUUGUCGUAGACUCAAACCGGAUGAAUUGCUGGGCAAAUUCAGAAAACCGAUUCAACUGGACCAGUUCAGAGACGAGUGUGAGCGACUGGCGAGUAAUGACAACGCAGGUUUCGUUCGGGAGUUCCUCGAGGUUCAAUACGAAAUGAGAGAACCUGGGAUCCCCCGUCAGAUUGGCAUCUGGGUGGAGAAUCAGAGCAAGAACCGCUACAAAGAUAUCGUGCCCUUCGACCCAAGGCUGGUCAGAAUUGAAGGUGGCUACGUGAAUGCGAGCUACAUCUCAGGAGAGAACAGUGACCAGGAGUACAUUGCCAGCCAGGGUCCCCUCCCCCACACUGUGGACGAUUUCUGGCAGAUGAUAUGGGAAAAGGAUGUGGUGAAGGUGGUGAUGUUGUGUCAGUGCCAGGAGAUGAAGAAGGGGGUGAUGAGGGAUGCCUGUUUCCCCUACUGGCCCAAUGAGAUGAGUGAGGCUCAGUGGAGGGGAAACCUGCAGAUCAAACUCAUCGAUAUACAG